AUGCUCUUUGGUUUCACGUUCAGAAUCGAGUAUCCGAUUUUAACCUGCCACUGCUGCACGUAUAUUGGAGCCCUGCAAGGCACAGCAGGGGUCAUGAGCAGCCAGCGGAGCUGUGGGGCCGUGGUUCUGCCUCCUUCCCGGUGCCGUGCCGGGUUCUGCGCUGCCCAGGGACGUGACAUCCACCUUUAUUUUAGGCUGCAUCCUCAGCUAAUUGAGCGUGCGCUCCCCGGAGCUUCACCUCCAGCUGGCCUUAGGUGCACUCCUAGGAGGUGUGGAAGAGGCGUCACUGAUGCAGUGAUCACGAGGGAGGAAGCUGAGAGAAUCCGGAGGAUAGCGGAGAGGGGCCUCUCCUUGGGAGGAUCUGAUGGAGGGGCUUCUAUUUUGGAUUUACACUCCGGAGCACUUUCACUGGGGAAGCAUUUUGUCAAUCUGUACAGGUACUUUGGGGACAAAAUUCGAGACAUCUUCACAGAAGAGGAUUUUGCAUUAUAUCGUGACGUGAGGCAGCGAAUCCAGCAGAGAAUUGCGCAGGCGUUCGGGAUCAGCCCUGCCGUGCUCUACCUGACGAAGCCGACCUUCUUCUCCAGGAUAAACACCACGGAGGCCAAAACGACGCACGAUGAGUACUGGCACCCCCAUAUUGACAAGGUCACUUAUGGCUCCUUUGACUAUACGUCAUUGCUUUAUCUGUCUGACUACGCUGAAGACUUUGGUGGCGGAAGGUUUGUGUUUAUGGAUACAGAUUCCAACAAGACUGUCGAGCCCCAAGCAGGCCGGGUUUCCUUCUUCACCUCUGGAUCGGAGAAUCUUCAUCGGGUGGAAAAGGUUCGCUGGGGCACUCGCUAUGCCAUCACCAUCUCCUUUACUUGCAACCCCGACCACAGCAUUGGGGAUCCAGUCUUGACGUGAUUCUUCCUGG